GGUCCAGAGCCUCUAGGCUCCAGGACCAUGAAUGCAACUUGCAACGGUGGCAACCUGUGGCCUAAUUCGCUCUACUAUGUCUUUGGCGUCUACUUGGUCUUGCUGCUGGUGCUGGGCCUGCUGCUCAACGGCCUGGCGCUCUGGGUGUUCUGCUGUCGCAUGCGCCAGUGGACGGAGACCCACGUCUACAUGACCAACCUGGCUGUGGCUGACCUCUGCCUGCUCUGUUCCCUGCCAUUCAUGCUAUACUCCCUGAGACACACUUCAGAUACACCAGUCUGCCAGCUCUCACAGGGCAUCUACCUGGCCAACAGAUACAUGAGCAUUAGCUUGGUCACUGUCAUUGCCGUGGACCGCUACGUGGCAGUGCGGCAUCCGAUACGCGCCCGUGAGCUACGGUCCCCAAGAAAGGCUGCCGCAGUGUGUCUGGUCCUCUGGGUGGUGGUGCUCUCUUCCCUGGUAGUGCGCUGGCACCUGGGGCUGCAGGAGGGUGGCUUCUGCUUCAGGAACUAUGGGCGGCACGGUUUCAGCACCAUUGCCUUCUCAAUGCUGGGCUUCUACCUGCCCCUGGCCAUUGUGGUCUUCUGCUCUUUGCAGGUUGUGACCGCGCUGGGGCAGAGGCCGACCACUGAUGUGGUGCAGGUAGAGGUCACCCGCAGGGCCAUCCACAUGAUCUGGGCCAACUUGGUAGUGUUUAUCAUCUGCUUCCUGCCACUGCAUGUGAUCCUGACGGUGAAGUUCUCCCUGGGUCUGAACACCUGUGCUGCCCACUUCACCUUUAGCCGUGCCCUGUCCAUCACAGGCAAGCUCUCAGAUGCCAACUGCUGCCUCGAUGCCAUCUGUUACUACUACAUGGCCAAGGAGUUCCAGGAUGCAUCCAUGUCAGCCAUGUCCUCCAGUACUCCCCACAAGAGCCAAGAUUCUCAGAGCUUGACCCUCACCUAGAAGCGAGCAUGCGCCAUGGACCAGAGGAACCUGUGAUAUUAUUAUCAAGGAGCCCCCAAAUCAUCCUGAACCUGACGUGAACACUCUAGGUAGCUCAGGCGGCCUAGAGAGAUUGUAUCUGCUCCCCUGAAGAGA